UGGGCGCGCACGGAAACACACACAGUGCCGCACUGCAACGCCGCAUUGUAGUACGCUAGUAGCUGCCACCCACCGACGCUUUCGAUCCAUGGCUUCCUCUGCUCACCGCCUCUUCCUCUUCGCCGCCUUCCUCGCCGUUGCGGCGCCACGCGCUGACGCAUGGGGUGGCGGCCGCCUGUUCUUCAGCAAGAUCACGCGAGCAGAAUCCGCGGUCGAGCCCGUGAAGGCGGUGGCGGCGGCCAACGCCGUGCCGGACGCGGCGGACCCCAACAGCGGGCCGACGUUUUCCCGCCCGUCGACCAGCGGCAGCAGCCGCGGCUACGGGCUGUACGGCCGCCCCGAGCAGAACUACCCACCGGCCUACUUCCGCCGCGGCGUGCACCACAACACCGAGAAGCUGACGACGACGACCAACGUGCCGACCACCACCGAUACCGAGGAGGAGACCGUUCCGGCGGGAGGCGGAGGCAGCGAGCGCGUCGAGCCGUUCCCCGAAAACGGCAGCGGUAGGGGCCGGCCGCCGUAUUACUACACGGGCUUCCGCGGCGGCAGGCAGCAGCAGCAGCAGCAGGACUACGGGAUGAGCGACACGAGGCUGUACCAGAACGGCCGGUAUUACUACGACGUGGACACCGGCAGGUACGGCUACGGCCGCGAGUCGAACCCCGUGUGGGCGCGCCCCGGGGAGGAGUUCAGCGCCGGGUACGCCCGCGGUGGAGCCGGCGACAGACGCGGGAGGUACGGCAACGCGGCGUACGGGGACGAAUACCGCAACGGCGACGAGUUCGGGAAUGGGGUGGCGGUGGAGAACCAGAACGGCUUCCAGGAGGAAGGCCGGAACGGACGAUACGUUCCAUGAGUGAAGCGAAGCGUGGUGCUAUGCGUCAGUACCCUGUUACUACUACUCGUAGCGAUCAUGUUGUGUGCUGCUCCGUUGCAGAGUAGUCUCGCAUGGGCUGCUCCUAGCUUACUCGAGAGCUUGGGGGUAGAUCCAGCUUCUAAUGUGCAUGCGUACGUGCACUUCUUUAGUGACGCAACCAGUGAAUAAGUCGUGUGCUUACAAUGUAAUGUGUAACUUGUUCCUUCUGCGUACGUCCACCUUACUAUUCAUUUGUCGGCUGUCGGUGCAUGGAUCCAAUUCGUGUGGCUGCAAAGAGAAAUGAUCAAUUAAGCUUCCGUCCUCAAA